AUGGACAUCCCCGACUGCUACGACGCCCUCCAGGAGGCGCUCAAGGAGCCCCGCCCCAAGCAGCUCGUGACCGAGAUCAAUGCUCACCUCGAGACGGCCAACGCGACGAACGGCCAGGCCAAGAAGCUCCAGUUUCUCUGCGUCGACUGCAAGCAAGAAGGGGUCGAAGGCAAAGCCCGCGCCUUCUUUGCCGCACCGCCCGCCAUUGUGCUCUGUGCCAACCGCCUUCGGACGCCCAACGACGUGUCCGAGGUCAUUGUGCACGAGCUCAUUCACGCCUACGACUACACCGUGCGCGGCAUGGAUCUCACCAUCCCCGACGUGCUUGCGUGCAGUGAAGUGCGGUCGGCGCGCGAGUCCGAGUGCUACCAAAAGGCCGACCACUUUUGCAAAACAAGCACGGCUGCACUCGGUGCCCGCGCCUGCGAGUGGUGGACGCACAAGUGCGUCAAGGACAAUGCGACCCAAGCGACUUCGUCGAUGCUGCCAGCCACCGAAGCCAAAGAGCGCGUCCAGGCCGUCUUCCUCAAGUGCUUUGCCGACCACGCGCCGUUCUCGCAGCAGUAG